GUUACUAUUGUGAAGAAUCGGACUGUAGAAAGUAUUUCAAUCGAUGGAGUUUAUUGCGUAAACAUAAAAAAGAAUGCCAUCUCAAAACUUUCAGGUGUCAUAUCUGUGAAAAAGUCUUCAAAUAUGCAUGUAACCUUAAAGCUCAUUGUUUAACUCACAUUCUGGAAAAGGAUAUUUUUCGAUGUCCCGUCUCCAAAUGUAUUAGAGCUUACCAAUCGCAACGAAGCUUAUCCGCUCACUUGAAAACUUUUCAUGAAACAUUUACAAUUUCAUGCCCAGAAGGAAAUUGCCCCAGAUUUGUCAAAACACAGAAGGAACUGGAAAUACAUAUACAACAUCGGCAUCGACGAAGACUGAAAAAAAAGGAGACACCUAAAAAACCAGGAUUUGCUGAAAUAUUAUCAGGGUUUGCUAAAGGUACAAAAAAGGAUUUGAACCCGCAUCUUUCAAAGGCAGUUUUGGAAGAGGAGGUCAGAGAAUCAGAUGAUGAAGCUACAGAACCCAAAAGAGUAAAUCGUAACGACACGCAAGAACAAGGUGAUGAACAUCAAUUAGAGGCUUCCAACACACAUCUUUUAAACAUCUCUUCAGAAGAAGAAUCAGAGGAUUUAUCUGGUGAUGAAAAGCUGUAUAUAGUGAAUGGGGAAUGCUCUAAUCUGAACUUGAAUGGACAUCUUUCAAAUGCAAAGAAAGACAAAGAUAGCAAUUUUAAAGAGAGUUUCAGUUUAUCUGGCAUCACACAAAAUGACGACACAGAUACUCGAGGUUCAAAUCUAUUUACAAAUACAGUUUUGGAAGAGAAAGUUGAAGAAUUAAAUGAUGAACUUGUAGAAAUUGAAGUGGUCUAUCAUAGCUCACAAAGUGACUUGGAUCAUCAGCGCCCAAAUGGGAAAAAUUGUAGAGCAGAUCAAAUGGGAAUGUUUUCAGAUACGCCAAUGACUGGCAAAGUUACAUGAAUGACACAUUUUUAUAAUGCAUUAAAUAAUUUUAAAAAUCAA